CGGUUUUUAUAGGCGGAGUAAUCAUAGCUGAAUGUAUUCUAUCAUCACUUUGCAUAAGCCCUGACAAUAAAUAAUGGCAUAGUGUAUAAUAGGGAACUAUACAGACACAUCAUCUGUGGUGCCUUUUUUGUUAGCAUUUCUCCCAUGUAUUAUCUGAUACGGUCAACUGUGUUUUUCUUCAAAGUAAAAGCUCUGCACUAACUGUUACUGUUUGGGUGGCAAAGAGAGCGGAGCUAAUUAAUGGACUGUUUAAAUGGGUCAACGUUUCCACAUCUAGCCCUCCUGUGGUAAAUAGAGCUAAGGAAAUGUACCUGUCAUGGAAAAUGUGGAGAGGCGCUCGUGCCUGUCUGCCGCAAACUUUCCUUAUCUUCCGGUAGUGUUGGGACUCCUCUAGCGCACCAAGUCAACUGUGUUUGGACACGGGAGGCAAGACGAAGAAGUUGGAAAGGCAGCGAUAUAGCCGACAAGCAAAGGAUCAUCGCUGUCGCCCGUGGUGACGCGUCCAUGUAGCGGCGGUAAAGUCGACUUUUAACAACAGGAGAUCUUCUAGAUGCAACAGCAACUGCGCUGAGCCAGUUAACCUGUGCUAAGGGUUCAUGGUUCAAGGCACAAUGCCCCAGGCUGUUGACAUGAUCAACCUGGGCUUCCUGUCUGACUCUGAGCAGGAGCUGAUACUGGGGGUGCUGCAACGGGACGGGGAGCUGAGACAGGCUGAGGAGCAGCGUGUGCGGCGUUUGAAGACAGAGUUGUUGGAUGUGAAGAGGAAAGGGGCCAAACGUGGCAGUGGAAGAUACAGUCAGCGUAGUUGUGGCAGAUGCCAGGAACCUCUGAGUCGACUGACGGUGUUCUCCAGCCAGUGUAAGAUUUGCAAUCACCAUGUGUGCAACAACUGCAGAACAGUCCUUUCCAAAGGAUCAUGGCUGUGCAGCGUGUGUGCCAAAGAGUUGGAUCUAAAGAAAAGGACAGGUGACUGGUUCUACGAUCAAAGGGUCAACCGGUUCUCCACGACGCCUGGACAUGACCUAGUGAAAGUCUCCCUGAAAAAGAAACCUCAGGCAAAGAAGUGUGAGACAGCAGGAGAACUGCUGUUGAGGAGUACUGAAAUAAACCCUGAUCUUCCCACUCCUAAGCCGCGGAUCAAGCAGAAAAACAAGGAACAUUCAAACGGGAAUUCAGGAUCAAUUGCUUCAAAGGCGGAAGUUUGUUCAAAACCAACACACAGUGACACAGAGUCUGCAGAAAACACAAGUACAAGUAGCAGAAAAACAGACACUGGGUCUGGUCAUGUGACCUCUGAGCAACAAAGGAGAGAGAACCGUUCAGUUCAGUCCAGCCCAGCGGGGUCAACUGUUGCCAUUCUGACCGCUCCAGUCAAAGCAGAUACCGUUAGCAUUGACAGCGCCAACUCGGAAGUUGUACGAACUGCGACGGAUGUCAGUCCAGCCCCAGAGAUAGAUGUUGAUAGACUCUUUAAGAAGAGCGUCAAACGAUCUCCAAACCCUCCUGAGUAUGUAUCGACACUGGACCUGCGUGACGGACGGGACACAUCAAAGGCUUCACUGGUCAACAGGAGCCAUUCUGUACCAGGCCUUGACAUACAGGAAGAUGGAGAGGAAGAUGAAGAUAUUGACAGCUUGGUUAGCUUUCAUAAAAAGACAAUGGCUUCGAGCUCCUACAGCCUGCAUAGCUCAGGGAGCACACUGGGCAGCAUGAUGAGUAUUUACAGUGAAGCAGGAGACUUUAACAAUGUGGAAGUAAGCGGAGACCUCAUCUUCUCUAUGAGCUAUGACGAACCCACCCAAAACCUCCACAUCUUCAUCAAGGAAUGUCUUGGGCUGGCCUACGGCGAUGCCUCACGGCAGCUUUCCCACCCUUACGUCAAAUGUUAUCUACUCCCCGACAAAUCUCGCCAGAGCAAAAGGAAGACCAGCAUCAAGAGAAACACGGUCAACCCUGUCUACAAAGAAACACUGAAGUACUCUAUCAGCCGCUCUCAGCUGUUCACCCGCUCCAUGUUGAUAUCAGUCUGGCAUCAUGGUCGCUUCAGCCGCAACGCUUUCCUUGGUGAGGUGGAGAUCCCUCUGGACACCCGAGACCUCGACUCCCCAUACGAGGACCGCGUGGCUCUCAUGGCGAAGUCAGCCCCUGCCGUGGCUUCUACAUCUUUUGCUCAGUACAAAGGAGAGUUGGUGAUCUCUUUGAAGUAUGUCACACCUAAAGAGCCAACAACUGAGAAAACCAAAGGCAAAAAGUCGGUGAUUGAGGGAGGAGAACUGCAGGUCCUAAUCAAAGAGGCAAAGAAUUUGAUGGCAAUGAAACCAGGAGAGACCUCAGAUAGCUUUGUUAAAGGGUACUUGUUCCCAACUAAGACCAAGACCACAAAGAGGAAGACUCCAGUUGUGAAGAAGAACUUGAACCCCCACUAUGACCACACAUUUGUGUACAAGGAGCUGGCUUUGGAGCAGCUGGAGGAGAUGUGUCUGGAGCUGACCGUGUGGGACAGAGAAGCCAUGUUGAGCAACGAAUUCCUGGGAGGAGUCCGUCUCAGCUCUGGAGAAGGCACUGUAAAAAUAGGAAAAGAGGAAGUAGAAAUGGACUCAGUUGGAGAGGAAGUCAGUCUGUGGAGGAAGAUGAUUCAGUACCCUGACUCAUGGGCAGAGGGCACUCUUCCACUGCGCUCCACUAUGGUGAAGAGCAAAUGAGGACGGCACACAGGGCUCGACCCU